CAAUGUCUUACAAAUGGGUCUCAUUAUGACAUUUUCAUACAUAAGGAAUUGACCAUAUUUAUCUCCCUCUUCACAUUUCUUUAAAGAGAGUGAAGGCCAGGCAUAAGGACCCAUGCCAGUCAUAUCAGUACUUAUAAUGCUUUUGCUGAAAGAUAGUGAGUUUAACUGAGCCUAACCUGGGCUAACUAGCAAAAUUGUCUUGAACACACAAACAAGAGGAAAAGGAUGAUGGAAAGAUUUGGUGAAAAUAAAUGUUACUGACAAUAUGUUCUUAGAGAAUCCAUUUGACACUAAGCAGGAUGCACCAGCCUUUCUGUGGGUGAACACAACUUUCUAGAAAGGCUAUAGAAUGUCCCCACGUCUGUUCAAACCUUCAGACCAUUGUUUAAAAAUGUCACAAGCAGCAUUACCUGUACUUUUCGUCAGCAUUUAUUCCUUUUGUGGGGGUUUACUUUUGAAUCUUCUUUGAAAAGACUCUAGGGAGCAUGAGGGCUAUGUUCUCACUCAGAAAGUCAUCAAGACCUUCUGUCCAAGAGAUACAAUUGGAAGCACAUUAUGCCCCUGUUGUAGCUAACGAAGGUGCUGCAUCAGUGUAUAGUAUUUUUGUCACUGAGAGAUGAAGGCAUGUAAUGAUCUUUGAGGUGUUUGGUAACAAACAGCAAGAAAUGAGAUGAUGAUAUUCUUCACGCAAAGAUGAAACUGUAUGUGUCCAUUUCAUGUCAGAUCACAGACAUGUCUGAUGCCACUGUUGACUGGAUUGAUGGACACCAGCUACAGCGUUUAGAUCAAAUGCUGAUUGUUGUUGAUGAAAAUGACAAGGUCAUUGGUGCAGACACCAAGAGGAAUUGUCAUCAGAAUGAAAACAUCGAGAAAGGGCUGCUCCACCGAGCCUUCAGUGUUGUUCUGUUUAACUCAGAGAAGAAGGUUCUGAUUCAGCGCCGAGCAGACACGAAACUUACUUUCCCGGGGCACUUUACUGACUCCUUUUCCAGCCAUCCACUAAGUAAUCCUGAAGAAUUGGAAGAGAAAGAUGCCUUGGGUGUGAGGAGGGCAGCCCUGAGACGUCUGCAGGCUGAGCUGGGCAUCCCCGAGGACCAGGUUUCUCUAGAGGACAUCGUGUUUAUGACAAGAUAUCAUUAUAAGGCGAAAUCAGAUGUGGUCUGGGGAGAACAUGAAGUCUGUUACCUUCUGCUUAUCAGGAAGGAUGUCACUAUCAGCGCAGAUCCCAGUGAAAUCAGCAGCUUUGACUACCUGACCCGGGAGGAACUGGAAGGGCUCCUGGAGAGAGGGGCCCGGAGCGAAGUGAAAGUCACUCCCUGGCUGAGAAUCAUUGCGGAGAAGUUCCUGUACGGGUGGUGGCCUUACUUGGAUGAAGUGACCCAGUUUGUCUCCUUGUUUGACAAGCAGUUGAGUCUUGGCAUUGAUUUGCAAGGAGCCAUGAGCGAACAACUCAAGAACUAUGGUGGCUUUUGGCUAGCUGCGAUUGGUCCAUGGCUCCGUGACCUCACAAGGAACCAUUGUGAGGAAGGAGAGUGGCCCACCCAUGGAAGGCACCUGCUGGGCCUGGAUCUUGUCCUUAAGCUGCAGUGA